AUGCAUAUAUCAACAACUUUCUCUCUCUCUCUGCAAACUGUUUGAUUUGCUUGUGAAGAUUGCUUUGCAAGAAAGUGAGAUAAAAGAUGAAUUUGAGACUGUCUCUUCCUUUGAUCUUAGUUUUGAUUAUAGUUCCUCAAUCGAUUCAAGGUUCCGACUUGAAAACCUUCUUAAAUACGCUAUCUCCCAAAUCUCCUUACUCAUUCGUCUUCCCUCUCUCCGGCAAUGUCUUCCCUCUCGGAUAUUACUCGGUCUCUCUUCAAAUAGGAAAUCCUCCAAAGGACUUUACUUUUGAUGUUGAUACUGGCAGUGAUCUCACAUGGGUUCAGUGCGAUGCUCCUUGCUCUGGCUGCACUGUGCGUACUGAACUUCAGUACAAGCCUAAGUCAAACACUGUCCCAUGCUCAGACCCAAUUUGCUCAGCUCUACACUGGCCUAAGAAGCCUGAAUGUCAAAACCCUAAAGACCAAUGUGACUACGAGAUCGAAUAUGCUGAUCAAGGUUCAUCAAUUGGUGCACUUGUCGUUGAUCAGUUUUCUUUAAAACUCCUAGACGGCUCGUCUUUGGUACCUCGCUUAGCAUUCGGGUGUGGUUAUGAUCAGCAUUUCCUUAGUGCACAUCCUCCACCUGCUACUGUUGGAGUUUUGGGGCUUGGGAAAGGGAAAAUCAGCAUCUUGACACAGCUUGUCUCGGCAGGACUAACUAGAAAUGUGCUUGGGCAUUGCUUAAGCUCAAAAGGUGGAGGCUUUUUGUUCUUUGGAGACAAUGUCAUUCCCUCUACUGGUGUAUCCUGGACAACAUUAGUGUCACCCGGGUUCGAUUCGCGCUGGGAGAGACUAUUUACAAUGCUUGGGUUCCCGACAAAGAGCAACCACUACACGACUGGACCAGCCGAGCUUCUUUACAACGGGAAGCCAACAGGUUUAAGUGGCCUCAAACUCAUCUUUGAUUCCGGAAGCACCUAUACUUAUUUCAACAGCAAGACAUACCAAGCAAUAGUUAACCUGAUUGGAAAUGAUCUGAAAGGUAAACCGUUGAAGGAUGUGAAAGAGGAUAAGACUUUAGCAAUAUGUUGGAAAGGAGCUACGCCUUUGAAAUCUGUUCUUGAGGCCAAGAACUUGUUCAAGACCUUAACAAUCAACUUUAAGAAUGGCAGAACAAACUCUCAGCUCCAGAUUCCACCUGAGUCUUAUCUCAUCGUCUCUAAAACUGGGAACGUCUGUUUGGGAAUACUGAAUGGAAGUGAAGUAGGACUACACGACUCCAACGUAAUUGGAGAUAUAUCUAUGCAAGGAACUAUGGUGAUCUACGACAAUGAGAAACAACAACUCGGAUGGGUUUCUGCUGAUUGCGAUAAGCUUCCAAAGUGAUGAUAGAUUCAAAGAUUCACCAUAUAUUAUUAUAUAGCUUCAUAGUUUAAAUUUUUCACAAAUAAAACAAUUGAGUGACCGUAAACGAUUAUCAUAAGACAAAUCCACUAGAAUAUACCGGAAGUAUUACUAAACUUUAACGUGCGACUUUUUGAUACAAGGAAAU